UUUUAUACAAGAUCAAGAAAUUGACCCCCAAACUAACUCUUCAAAAAAGUUAAAUAAUCCGUUAAAUAAUAAAUAAAUGCCCCUAUAUAUAUACCUAACUAUCUAUAAGCAUCAAUUACACCAAUUUCAUCAACUACUUAUAAAUAAUUUCUUUGACCAGCCCAAAAGAAUAAAAUUAAUUUUUUGUAACCCUAAUGGGAACACCAAAAUACAUUGUUCUUUGGGUAUUAUUAGCAAUAUCAACAUCUAAUUUCUCCACAAUUUGCUUGGCAAAAAAGGGUAGUAGUACUAAUUUUGAAGAGAAUGUGAGAACUCAAUGUGGUUUCACAAGAUAUCCAACGUUGUGCGUCCAAACCCUAACAGGGUCGGGCUCACUUAAUCCAAACGUUGAUUUCUUGUCUGUUCUUAUUAACAAGACUAUGUUCGAAACGAAAAUCCCUAGUUUUAGUUCCAAUUUUCAGAUACUCAGCUCCCAUUUCGUUUCUCCUCAAGCUCAACAAGCCCGUUUCGCCAUGGAUUAUUGCGACGAAUUGAUGAGCAUGUCGAUGAAAAGACUAAACCAGGCAAUGGAAGCGCUACAAAAGCCGUCGCCGGAAAAGCAGAAGGUGGAUAUUCAGACGUACCUGAGCGCCGUUUUGACUUUCCAGCAAACGUGCAAAGAUUCCGUUGAGGAUCAUAUCACUUCAAAUGUUUAUAUGAGUGAAAUGUAUAAGAAGAUGGACCGUCUUUCUGAACUGUGCAGCAACACUUUGGCCCUGGCGAAUAGAAUCACUGGGAAUAUUCCGGCGAUUCGCCGGAAUCUUCUUACAGGGGACGGUUAUAAUUUCCCGGGUUGGUUGUCGGCCGGCGACAGAAAAUUGCUUCAGAGUACGAAAAUAAAAGCGAAUGCUGUUGUUGCGAAAGAUGGGAGCGGCGACUACAAGACGGUGACGGAGGCGAUACAGGCGGCGAGUGGUGGCAGAUUCGUAAUAUAUGUGAAAUCGGGGACUUAUAAUGAGAAGAUUAACACUAAUAAGGAUGGGAUUACCUUAAUCGGCGACGGAAAAUACUCCACUGUUAUCACUGCCAGUAGUAGUGUUGGCAAGGGCUCUACACUUCGAGGCUCUGCAACUUUUACAAUUACCGGCGAUGGCUUCAUAGCUCGGGACAUUGGAUUUCAGAAUACGGCGGGGCCGCAGGCGGAGCAGGCGGUGGCGCUGACCGUCGUCUCCGACCAUUCAGUGCUGUACAGGUGCAGCGUCGCGGGAUACCAGGACACGCUCUACGCACUCUCCUUCCGCCAAUUCUACCGCGAGUGCGACAUAUACGGCACCGUCGAUUUCAUUUUCGGCAACGCCGCCGCCGUGUUCCAGAGCUGCAACAUUGUCCUCCGCCGCCCCCGCAGCGGCGGCGCCUACAACGUGAUCCUGGCCAACGGCCGCUCAGAUCCGGGACAGAACACCGGAUUCUCCGUCCAGAACUGUAAGAUCUCAAUCGGAUCGGAUUUCUCCGCCGUGAAAAACUCGUACAAAUCGUACCUAGGGCGGCCGUGGAAGCAGUAUUCCAGAGCGGUGGUGAUGCAGUCGAAUAUCGACGGUGCGAUUUCGCCGCGGGGGUGGGUUGAGUGGCCUGGCGCCGCCGGAUCUACUUACAAAACGCUGUAUUUUGCCGAAUACGAGAAUAUGGGCGCCGGCGGCGGAAAUUCCGGCAGGGUGAACUGGCCGGGAUUUCGUGUGAUUAUGACGGCGGAGGCUGAGAAAUUCACUGUUGGAAACUUCAUUGGUGGGAAUUCGUGGUUGCCUUCCACAGGCGUAACGUUCACUUCCGGCCUCUAAGGAUUUUAUUAUUAAUUCGAAACGAUUUUUUCGCAAUUUAAAGCUAAAAAAAAUUGUGAUUAAUUUAAUUUACACGAAUUUUUAUGAGCAUUUUAAUUUAAAUAUUCGAAAGGAAUUAUAUUCAAUCUUAUUGUAAAUAUUAAUGAUGUUUAAUUUGAGUAAGUUCAUAAGCUCUUCAAAGAUAUUUAAUUUUUUU